CGAUAACUACCUACACUCAAGGUCCCUUACAGCAGAUUCUACAAUCCACCCGCCUUCACCUUCCAUAUCAAGUAUCUGAUCAGAUGCUUGCUCAUGUGCGAUCGUUAUAUUAGGUGCUCUCGUCUCGGCUUUGAGCUUUGUCGCGAAUACCCUCCACGGUAGCCUCGCAGAAGACGCAAUAAUCCGCGGUCAUUCUCAUCUUAGGCUUUGCCUAUCGAAUUCAAAAUGGCCGCAGUCACAAAUACACAGGCAAAUGGGGGGAGUAGCUUUGGGAGUGCUCUGUCGCCAGGGCACAAAAUGACCAGCAAACGAUUCUCAGAUAUACCAUCCGCAAUCGAUAUCCCAGUUCAAGGGGAAGGCGAUGACGAGGCAGUCGAGGUAGACUUGGAAGAUCUUUUAGACGACCCGACCGAGUUAUGUACAUUACUGGAGAAUGAAGGCGCAGCACGAACUUACUGGAUGACGGUUUCUUUGGCCUACGCCAAACAAAAGAAGGUUGAUCAUGCCAUCGAAAUGCUGUUGAAGGGUGGUCAAGCCAUGAGAGGCGGGCAGAAGGAGAAGCUCAGCAUGCUGACAUGCUUGUGCUGGAUGUAUCUGUGGAAAAGUAGGGAAGCUCCUCGAGUGCUCCCUGAAGGAGCUUUGGCUUCUGAGGUAAAGACGAAGGAGCAUUAUUUACAACAAUCCACUGCCACAUUAAACGACGCUCUACGAAUAAACCCCGCCUUCCCUCCAUUAUUCCUUGCUCGUGGGGUCCUUCAACUACUCAAGGCGUCCCUCCAGCCACCGUCAAAGUCUCCAGCUCCUGGUGCGAUCGACCACGAGAAGGCUGAUAUUCUCCGAGCAUCAUUAAAAUCGUUCGAGGAUGCAAUUCGUGUUUCUCAGGGUCGCAAUAUGAUGGCGGUACUGGGGAAAUCGCGAGCUCUGUAUUCGCUUGGAAAAUAUGCGGAUGCGCUUGAAGGAUAUCAGGAAGCAUUACACAAAAUGCCAGACUUGAUUGAUCCUGAUCCACGAAUUGGAAUUGGCUGUUGUUUUUGGCAACUUGGCUUCAAAGAUGAUGCGAAGACUGCAUGGGAGCGUGCGUUAGAGAUCAAUCCGGACUCGAAGAUCGCAAACAUUCUCCUUGGCUUAUUCUAUCUUGAUGCCAGCUCGCAUGUUCCUACGAAUGGGCCUGAAUUUAUUCGACUUUACAAAAAAGCAAUGACGGAGUACACACAAAAAGCAUUCAAAGCCGACAAGGACCUCCCCUUAACUUGUGCUACAUUUGCUGGGUACUUUCUAUCUCGAAAGUCACUACCCAACGUGGAGACUUUGGCCCAUAAGGCAAUCCAGCACACCGAUGUCAAUGCAAUCGCCAGUGAUGGCUGGUAUCUGCUAGCUCGAAAAGAGCAUUACGAAGACGAUUACGAGCGUGCGACAGACUACUAUCGUCGAGCUGAUGAAGCAAGAGGUGGUGCUGACCGUGGAUUUCUGCCUGCUAAGUUUGGCGCUGCUCAAUUGUCGGUUCUCAAGAGUGAUUUUGGCGAGGCCAAAUUGAGGCUGGAGAAGAUCAUUCAGCAAUCCAAGAAUAUUGAGGCUAUGGUUUUACUGGGCACUCUUUACGCAGAAGAAGUAUUCACGAACCAGCAAAGUGGUGUAAAGGAAGACAAGUCCACAGAGUUCAAGAAAGCUAUUGGGUAUUUGGAAACUGCCAGGAACGCCUGGAAAGAUUCCAAGAAAAACUUGCUUCCAGACGCGUCAGUUCUCUUGAAUCUCGCUCGUCUUUACGAAGCGGAACAGCCUGAGAAGAGCUUGCAAUGUCUACAGCAGGUGGAGCAGAUUGAGUUCGACCAGGUGCCAAAGGACGAAAAACCAGAGGACCUGGAGGAGGUCGAAGCAUUGAAAGCGUCCCUUAGACAAGGUCUCCCUCCUCAACUUCUUAAUAACAUGGGUUGUUUUUACUACCAAGCAGAGAAGUUUGAUUCGGCGGGCGAAAUGUUCCAGAUUGCUUUGAAUGCAUGCAUCAAAGUUGGGGAGACGGAAGAAGAACUAGAUGGCGAUGCACUCGUCACUACGAUCAGUUAUAAUCUGGGCAGGACGUAUGAAGCAAGCGGCAAACUGGACGAAGCAAAUAUUGUCUAUGAGGGGCUCCUUGCUCGCCAUAGUGACUACACAGAUGCAAGAACACGGCAAGCUUAUAUUGCUCUUCGUCAAGACCCAACUGGAGACGGUCCCAAGAAAGUCGCCGAACUUUAUAGGGAUUCUUCCGCUGAUCUCGAGGUACGGGCUUUGUACGGAUGGUAUCUCGGACGAGUGCAUUCUCGCAAGCGCAAAGGAAAUGUUGCCGAGGACCCAGAACUACGACACUAUAAGCAUACUCUGCAAAACUACGAAAAACACGAUCGUUAUGCCUUGAUUGGAAUGGGCAACUUGUAUCUCAUGACUGCAAGAGAAAUGCCGCGCGCGAACGAGGUCGAUAAGAAAAAACGUGGAGAUAUGUACAUCAAGGCCGUUGAGUUUUUUGAUAAAGCUCUGCAGCUGGAUCCCAAGAAUGCAUACGCCGCUCAAGGGAUAGCAAUCGCUCUUGUGGAAGACAAGAAAGAUUACAAAACUGCGCUAUCUAUUUUUGUCAAGGUUCGGGAGACAGUGAAGGACCCAAGCGUAUUCGUCAACCUAGGUCAUAUCUUUGCCGAGCUUCGUCAAUACAGCAAAGCUAUUGAGCACUAUGAAGCUGCUCUGUCAAAAGAUCGGUCAAAUGAUGCGCAAAUCCUGGCCUGUCUCGGACGAACUUGGUUGGCAAAAGCUAGAGCGGAAAAGAACCUGUCGGCGUAUAAAAGUGCACUCCAAUUUUCUCAAAAGGUGAGAUCCUCGCUCCACAUACAUGAAAAUUUGCUAAUUUUAUAGGCUCUCGAAAUUGCACCAGAGCAAGUUCACUUCAAAUUUAACGUCGCAUUCGUUCAAAUCCAGCUUGCUUCUGCUGUCUAUAACAUGUCUGAGAACCAGCGUACGCUUACGGAAGUGCAAUCAGCGGCUUCAGGGCUCGAGGAGGCCAUUGAAUCUCUAGAAGCCAUAUCCCAGCACCCACAAACUCCAUAUCCAAAGCAUGACAUCGAACAGCGAGCAAACAUGGCUCGAAAUACCAUGCGGAAGCAGUUGGAUCGCUCGAUACAAUCUCAGAAAGAGUACGAGGAGAAGAACGCUGAAAAACUUCAAGCUGCACGACACAAGCGUGAGGAGGAAUUCCGAAAACGUGAGGAGGUGAAACAAGCGGCCGAAGCGGCAGAGCGAGAAAGGAAGCAAAAGAUUGCAGAAGAGCGACAGAGAAUUGCCGAGAGGGAUCGAGAGCUUGCGGAGAUGAGAGCCGAGGAAGACAGAGCUCGUGAGGCCGCAGAGAUGACCACAGAUAGUGAGACGGGAGACAAGGUCAAGCGGAAGAAGAAGCCCAGAGGAGGUGGAGGCGGGAAACGCAAGAAGAAGAAUGACGAUGGCGUUACGGACGAGGAUGAGAGUGGAGCCGAGCCCAAACCUCGAAGACGGGCGAAGAGAGGUAGUGGGGACGACAGUGACGAGGAGAAGCCAAAGAAGAAGCGCAGACUCGCGAAAAAGGCCCAAGAGAAGCCCAACAAAUUUAAGAGCAGCGAGAUUGUCGUCGACAGUGAUAGCGAAGGGGACACUGGAGCCGCGGAAGCGGCCAAGGAAUUGGAACAGGACGAUGUUGGCAGUGAGGCGCCACAAGAUAUGGAUGUUGACGAAGAAGACGAGCCGGCCGUCGUUCCUGUCAAGAGGAAGAGUCGCCGGGCGAUGAUCGACUCGGACGAUGAGGAUGAAGAAGACAUGGCGAAGAAUGACUCUCCUGGGACAGCGAGUGGUGAUACGCCGAUGGCCGAAAGUGCUCCUGCGGCGGGGGAUUCAGAUGAUGAAUAGAUAGGUUGCAGGUAGUCUGAAUUGUACUUUUAUACUUCUUCUGUGUUAUGGAUUUGGUUUGAGUUUCGAGAUGAUCUACUCUGUAAUUGUAGGCCGUUAAUGUGUAGGCAGCUUCGAAAAGGUCAUUGCAUAUCAAGAGCAGCUGUCUCAAGGAGU